AUGGGCGGACCUAGCAAGAAGACGAUCGCCGCGCAGCAGCAGCCCCUGGACCAGCGCCAGGUCUCUGCAUCCGAGGACCACGAGUCAGUCUCCUCUGACUCCAAUACCCUCGUGCCCCCUUCGCCGCCUCUUGAAGCAGGUGUGGCACUCGGGAGUGUAGAGACAUGGAGCCCCGAGUGGGACUAUCAUGGCCAGGAUGCCGACACCGCUUCCGGUGGCUUUGUCGGCUUUCUCACUUUGAUCGGCCCCGUUGCGGCUCCACCGACGAAGCUGUUGCGCUUCGUUUUGGCAGACGGCUUGGAGAGCAGCGGUGUGCUCGAAUUUCUUGACAUUAAUCUUGAUAACCCUAGCGCUGCCACUCAGCAACCCCUUACGGACCUCCAGCACUCCGCGCGUGCUAUCCUCUGUCACGCUAUUGACAACCAGCGUCGCGGUCUGUCCGCCUCCAGCCGUCUCGAAGCAACUGACAUCUACCUGAAGCCGGUGCUUGACGCGUACAUCAAGCUUCUGUCUGCUUGCAAGGACGUGGAAUGCAUCGAGAUGCCGUUGAAGUGGGCUUGCGUUUUCCGAGCGGAGGACGUGUUCCCAAAGGUGGGCAUGAACGAUGUUGAGAAUUUGGAUGUGUUUCCGGUGGAGAUGACGGCGCGCUGGGGUCAGCUUCCUGAACCCGACGAGCGUAGUCUACAGCGAGAGUAG